CAACAAACGACGACACAAACUGUGAGAAAUAGCCUCCCGCUGCCAAAUACAGUGUCAAAGCAAGGGCGAGAUGGCGCCAUUGGCUGAUCAGAAUAGCAUGAGGAGCCUUGUUUCUGAAUGAGGGAACAGUAUCGAACCAUCACCAGGGAUUUUCGAGACGGAGAAGCCAUCCCGCUUUUGGAAAAGGGCAUAGGAACUGGCCGGACUGGAGUGAUGACAGGGAGCCAUCCUUAUUUGGGGACGGGACACAUCGUGGCAGCCUGGUGAUCUGAUCCAGCCUUGCUGUUGCCUUCCAACACCAGCACUCAUCUUCACACGAUGCCAUGCCGAUUGGCUCCAGCCCCUCCUGCAGAUUGCGUUAUUCAAUGCAUUGAAAGGCGAGCUGGAGGGUUCAUUUUUCAUGAGGUUGCUGCCCUCAAGACUUCCCUUGUAGCUACUGCAUUUCCUCGAAGAAAUCCAACUACCGAUUGGCAAUUGUAUGAUUGUUUUCUUUGUUAUUGCUUUCAUAGCAUGAUGAGCUGAAAGGGAUAAACCUCGAAAAGCAGAAAGGGAGGCUCCUCUGUCGGGAACUGUCAGUGGAACUCCUUCAUCGCCAGGCGCCGGAGGCGACCUGGGGAACAUGGAUCGCGCGGCGUUAGGCUUCCAAGCUGUCGUGGCGGCUUGCUGGGGCUGGUCCAUGGCUUUCCAGAGGCUUCCAAGCAGCAACGCCGCCCGUGAUUGGCCUGAAGUCUCUGAUUUGCUGAGUCAGAUGUCGAAUUUUGUCAGCAGCGCACAGCCUCUAGCCGGACUGGGCUAGCGUGGCCGCCGGAGCUUUCCUCGCCCGUCUGCAGCGAACCUCAUCGUCAGCCAAAACUGCCACCUUAGACCUCGCAACCUCCAACUUCCCUCCGCUUCAUAUCCUCCCCCGUCCAACCCUCCCUUUGCUCGUCUCUAACCUCGUUGUCUCUUCUGUAUUUGUUCUUGUUUCCCAUCUAAUAGCUGCUUCCCCCCCAAAGAGUUGCUCCUUCAUAGGCCCUUUCGCUUCACGCCCGAGAAGCCUCUGGGUACAGCAUCAUAAGCUCGACACCCGCAGAGAGUGCGACCACAUUCCUCCCUGCACAUCUUCCUCUCAGUCUCGUAGCCUUGUGGACGCCUUCUCUUCCUAAUUUUCUUUCCUUUACCUUUUACCUUUCAUAGUUGAAAUCCCUCCUUCAAGAUGUCUGCCGAACCAGAUCACUCCCACCACAAGCACAAGGUCAACCUGAAUGAUCCUUCAGGUGCGGAAAAGAAAGAUGAACUUGAUACUGCCACCGCCAUCCUCAAAAAGAAGAAGAAGCCAAACUCGUUGAUUGUCACUGACGCCGUCAACGAUGACAACUCUGUUAUUGCGCUUUCCAACAACACCAUGGAGACCCUCCAGCUCUUCCGUGGCGAUACAGUCCUCGUGAAAGGAAAGAUGCGCAGAGAUACCGUUUUGAUCGUCCUUGCGGAUGAUGAUCUUGAUGAUGGAAGUGCGCGUAUCAACCGCGUCGUUCGACACAACCUUCGCGUCAAGCAUGGGGAUGUUAUCACCGUCCAUCCUUGCCCAGAUAUCAAAUAUGCCAAGCGCAUCGCCGUUCUCCCAAUCGCAGAUACCGUCGAAGGUUUGACCGGGUCUCUAUUCGAUGUUUUCCUCGCACCAUAUUUCCGCGAAGCCUACAGACCCGUUCGACAAGGCGACCUGUUCACUGUUCGUGGUGGUAUGCGUCAAGUCGAAUUUAAGGUCGUGGAGGUCGAUCCCCCGGAAUAUGGCAUCGUAGCCCAAGACACCGUGAUCCACUGCGAGGGUGAACCCAUCCAGCGUGAGGAUGAGGAGGGAAACCUCAAUGAUGUUGGCUACGAUGACAUUGGUGGCUGCCGAAAACAGAUGGCUCAGAUCCGAGAACUUGUCGAACUUCCCCUUCGACACCCACAGCUCUUUAAGUCUAUUGGUAUCAAACCUCCUCGUGGCAUUCUCAUGUUCGGGCCACCUGGUACCGGUAAGACCUUGAUGGCUCGUGCCGUCGCCAACGAAACUGGUGCCUUCUUCUUCCUCAUCAACGGUCCUGAGAUUAUGUCAAAGAUGGCCGGUGAAUCCGAAUCAAAUCUGCGCAAAGCCUUCGAGGAAGCCGAGAAGAACUCACCUGCAAUUAUCUUCAUUGAUGAAAUUGACUCGAUUGCUCCCAAGCGUGAUAAGACUAACGGUGAGGUCGAACGCCGCGUCGUUUCCCAGCUCCUUACCUUGAUGGACGGCAUGAAGGCUCGCUCCAAUGUCGUUGUCAUGGCAGCCACAAACCGCCCCAACUCCGUUGAUCCCGCUCUUCGUCGUUUUGGACGUUUCGAUCGUGAGGUUGACAUUGGUAUCCCUGACCCAACUGGACGUCUAGAGAUCCUUCAGAUUCACACGAAGAACAUGAAGCUUGCUGAAGACGUCGAUCUCGAAUCCAUUGCUGCAGAAACCCACGGUUAUGUUGGCUCUGAUCUUGCGUCCCUCUGCUCGGAGGCUGCCAUGCAGCAAAUUCGUGAGAAGAUGGAUCUCAUUGAUCUCGAUGAAGACACCAUCGAUGCUGAAGUCCUUGAUUCAUUGGGUGUGACCAUGGAGAACUUCCGUUUUGCCCUUGGUGUUUCUAAUCCCUCUGCCCUCCGCGAAGUUGCCGUUGUUGAAGUUCCCAAUGUUCGCUGGGAAGAUAUCGGUGGACUGGAAACUGUCAAGAGAGAGCUCAUCGAGAGUGUCCAGUACCCCGUCGACCACCCCGAGAAGUUCCUCAAGUUUGGUCUUUCACCGUCGAAGGGUGUCUUGUUCUAUGGCCCACCAGGUACUGGUAAAACACUCCUCGCCAAGGCCGUUGCCAAUGAAUGCGCUGCAAAUUUCAUCUCUGUCAAGGGUCCCGAAUUGCUGAGCAUGUGGUUCGGUGAAUCCGAAAGUAAUAUCCGCGAUAUCUUCGACAAAGCGCGUGCAGCUGCUCCCUGUGUCGUCUUUUUGGACGAACUUGAUUCCAUUGCCAAGUCUCGCGGUGGAUCUGUCGGUGAUGCCGGUGGUGCUUCGGACCGUGUUGUCAACCAGCUUCUGACAGAAAUGGACGGGAUGACUUCCAAGAAGAACGUGUUCGUCAUUGGUGCCACUAAUCGUCCUGAACAGCUCGAUGCUGCCCUGUGCCGCCCUGGCCGUUUGGACACUCUUGUUUAUGUGCCCCUCCCUAACGAGGCUGAGCGCGUUUCCAUCUUGAAAGCUCAGCUUCGAAAGACACCUGUUGCUCCCGAUGUCGACUUGGAGUUCAUUGCUAGCAAGACCCACGGAUUCUCCGGUGCUGAUCUCGGUUUCGUUACGCAACGCGCUGCCAAACUUGCCAUUAAGCAGGCCAUCUCCAUGGAAAUCGAGCGGACCAAGGAGCGGGAGGCUGCGGGUGAGGAUGUCAUGGAUGAGGAUAUGGAUGACCCAGUUCCAGAACUUACUCGCGCCCACUUCGAGGAGGCCAUGCAGAUGGCGCGCCGAUCCGUCAACGACACGGAGAUCCGUCGAUACGAAGCUUUCGCACAGAGCAUGAAAAACUCCAGCGGCAGCAAUUUCUUCCGAUUCCCAACUGAACAGGAAGCCGGUCAGGCUGGAUUCGGUGACGCUGGCAACGAUGAUAGUCUUUACGAUUAAGUAAUACCAUUGGGGUUUUUCAUGCUACAUUCUGGGUUUGUCUUCAUAUCUCACUAUGGCGAUGAGGAUUUCAACGGAUCAUUGGCAUCAAUGUUAGGCGGAGCAGGAGACGAAAUGUCUUUUAAAUUUUGUGUACGCACGACUUUUUAUUUUCCAACUUUUCCAGACUUUAGAUUGACUGUCUCUUUGAUUUACUUGAAUGAUGAGGUGUCUCCUUGCAAGACGGGAAAAGCAGUUCAAUAGUCAGAUAGAUAAUAGCUAAAGCUCAAUGCUCUGGAGGAAAAGAAGAAGCAUGCUUUAUUGCUCCCAUGGCCGCUUGGAAAAAAGGGAGAAAAAGAAAAAGGAUCUCCCGAUGCACGUAAUCUACACGCUCCCCCAACCGUCAUUGCCAGGGGGAAGGUUG